UAGAAUCAGCAUGACACCUCUACAUUGUUACUUACGUCAUGCCUCAUUCUGUUGCCUAUGCUGUGGGAAUUGAAAUAUUAUUAUUUUGCUUUUCAUCAUAAUGUCCAAGGAACCAGAUGUCAAUAAUGUUUUUGAAAAUUUGCUAAUGACAGAAAAUUUAGCUGCAGAAAGCAAUUACGAAGAAGGGUAUAAAAAGGGUAAAAAUAAUUUAUUGCAAGGUUAUCACCUUGGUUAUCACAAAACAAGUUCAGUGGCUACACAGUUGGGAUUUUUUAAAGGUGAACUAAUGAAAAGUCACAGUCAAUCAACACUUUUAAAAGUUGAUCUCCAAAAAGAAAACUUACUUUCAAAUAUAAAUAAUUUCUCAGUCUAUAAUAACAGCUCAACUGAAAUUAUUAAAUCUUUUGAGAAUAUAAAAUUCAACUUUAAUAAAUUUUGUUCCAUGACAAAAAGUAAUUUAGCAUCUUUUGAAGAGGAUAAACUUAAUUUUUGA